AUGCAGAAUCCUCACGGCGGCGUUCAUCCCGAUGCGCCGCCGCAACUAGCCCCCGGAGUUGAUCGAGGCCGGCACUCCGGGGGUGCCGAACAUACAGCCAGACGACCCGAACCCGCGGGCGCCGAAGAAGCAGGAGAGCCACCUGGCGGCCGGAGGAGGAGGGAAGAAGGCGGCGGCGGAGGCGGUGAAGCUAUCGUUCGUGAGGGAGGACAGGGGGAAGUUCGAGCUGACCGAUCUACUGAAGGCGUCGGCGGAGAUAUUGGGAGCCGGGGGCUUUGGUUUUUCGUACAAGGCGGCGCUGACUUCCGGGCAGGUGAUGGUGGUGAAGAGGUUCAAGCAGAUGAAUAA